UUCGCGCGAAAACUGUCCGAUCCUUGUUUCGAUGUAGAUCAGCUGGGACAAUAACAACAAUAACAGCCGAUAACGGGGUCCGGAAGACGGUUUUGUGGAGGGACCGCACCCACAGUGAUCAACCCAAGGACCCACGGCUACUUUCUGGACACACGUGCUUGUUUAUCUCUGCUUUAUUUUCUCACAUUUCCAGUUUUGUCGGACUGCUUCCUGCGUUCCCCAACAAAACGAGGGGGUUGAAGAACUACGGCUAAUAAGCUAGCAUGCUAAUCUGUCUUAUAUAUUGUUAUUUAAGGGAACAUCUGUGUCCUCGGGUCAUUUGAGUGUCUUUUUAUUUGAGAUACUCUCGCAGAUGUUGCUUAGCUGUGGUGAUGCUUCUUGCCUGGUAGAUAAUUUGUUUCGAUAGCUCACUACUGAGAAGCUGCUGUAAAGUUUUAAUAACCAUCUAACUAAGCUCUCUUUUAUUCAAAAGCUUUCAUUCAGUACUCUAUAAUGAGUAAUCUUUUCUCUGCAGCGGGUUGUUUGUGAACCUGUGUCUGUGUUUGUUGGUGGGGAUCACGUUAGCUCGUUAGCAGGAGAGGUAGCUGUGCUGAGGACAGUGUGGCCAGGCCUCACGGCUCUACUUCACUGUCAGGACAGAUGAAAACAAAAGAUUAGCUUGCUCCUUUGCUAGCUCGCUAAUCUCCUGUUUUCAUACAUGCCACGGACAAUUUGAGAACCCUUGCUUUGGAGAGAUAUCAGCAGCUAAGCCUCAUGUCGCUGAGUUGGCAUCAUUUAGCAAUAUAGUAUCAUUUGCCAAAUUUCCUGUUUGGCAGAACAUCCUGUGCUGCUGUUUCAUGAUCAGAACAGAGCUUACUUUAAGGAUAUAGUACGCUGACUUUUAAGUGACACUGUUUUUAUGAUGUAUUUGGAAUAGCGCGAGACUAAAUUGAUAAAAGAGAGAAGAGGAACUUUGGGAGAAAUGCUCAAUCUGCUAAAACACAGCUGCAGGCAAACUUUAAGGUUUCAUCAUUCGUUGAAUCCUUCAAGCAAACCAAAAGAAAGUAAGUGUUGAUCAGGGCUGGGACUCGUGAUAGGGUACUAUACCUGAUACACUGCUCAUGAUAAUAUCAACAUUCAGUCAUUUUACAACACUUAAGAAGAAACUGCAGGACAAUCAUAUAAUGAUUAUCAGAAGAAUACAGAAUGCUCCUUGAAGUCAAGACUUUAUGUCACCAGCACAUCUGGGAGGAGUCCUGACCCCCUGACUGAAAUCAAAAGGUGUUUUAUUAGAGUGCUGUAGCACUUUUUAGAUUAGACUCUCCAUACUUAUCCCCAGCUAUAUGAUUUUAUCGCACAAGUCAGGACGACAACAUAUUGCUGUAGCAGUAUUUUGUCACACCCUAGUGUUGAUUGUUCAAAUCCAGUUUGUGGGGUACUUAGUGACACACUGCCAUGUCAGAGACUCUGAUAACGGGGCAGACAUCGGAGGAUCUGUUGGCUGAUUUUGAGACCCUGCUGAACUCUGGGAGUAUUGACCUGGGCCAAGAACACCAGAUCGUGAUCAUCACCAGCCCCAGCAAUGAGGGACUGCAUCCAGCUGCUGCCCCCAGCAGCACAGGGGAAAUCCUUCUCUUUGCCACGCCGCAGGGCCCAGCUGAUGUGGGGAUCCUCGACAAGAGAAGACCAGCACUAGGAAGACCUCCGGUGAAGAGAAAGUUGGACCUGGACAGUGACCAUCAGUAUGUCAGCACCACUCGACCCUCUAUAGGCCAAGCACCACCCUCCACACCUGCCCCUCCCAGAGUUCCUCGUGUCACAACAGAGAAGUCUCGGUAUGACACCUCCCUAAACCUCACUACCAAACGCUUCCUGAACCUGCUGUCCCAGUCUGCGGACGGCGUGGUUGAUCUGAACUGGGCCUCGCAGGUCCUAGAUGUCCAGAAGAGACGCAUCUACGACAUCACCAACGUCCUGGAGGGAAUCCAGCUCAUCUCCAAGAAGUCCAAGAACAACAUCCAGUGGCUUGGUAAUCGGGUCGAUGCAGCGCUGGUCGCCCGGCACAAGGAGUUGCAGAGGGAGGUGUGUGACCUCACGGAUGCCGAGGAGCAGCUGGAUGAGCUCAUUAAUAAAUGCAACUUACAGCUGCGGCUGCUGACAGAGGAGCCACAAAACAAGAAGCUGGGUUAUGUGCGCUGCCAGGACUUAAGGAAGUCGUUUGACUCCCCAGAUCAGCUGGUCAUGGUGAUCAGAGCUCCACCAGAGACUCAGAUGCAGGUUUCAGAGCCCUGCAAGGGUUAUCAGGUGUCGCUGAAGAGCACGCGGGGUCCAAUCGACGUCUUCCUCUGUCCAGAGGACAGCUCUGGCGUCUGCAGCCCCGUGACUGGAAGCAGUCCAUCAAAACCCAAUUCUGACCCUCCCCUAGUCCUGCCUCUUGCACAGCCCACAGACCAAUCACAAUCCAGAACAUCCACAAACACACUGGACGUGGGUUUAUCAUCACCAGCAUCCACGUCGUCCACGGUGACAGCAGCGUCUCAGCAGGACCCGUCAUCCCUUGUGUUAGGCACAGACACAGACUCUCUCCUCGGAGGCGACCCGUUCACCCUCGGAGACAUGCCCGAUUUCGACUUCUCACCCCUCUCCUCCUCGGACUUCCUGACGGGAGACGGCUUCCACCUCCCAUUGGACGGUUUUAUCAACUUGUCCCCCCCUCCCAGCCACGACUACCACUUUGGACUCGAGGACAAUGAAGGCAUCAGUGAACUGUUUGACUGUGACUUCGGGGACCUCUCACAGGUUUUGCAGGAUAGUUAGAUGAAAAAGAAGAGAAUGAGGAGGAGGUGGAGCUUCUCGUUUCAGGACUCUUUCUGUUUGUCGGGGUUUAUAAAAGAGGGCAGGAAGUUCAGGAGGUAUCUUCGUCAAAAACCCAGACUUCAUGUUUUAAUUGUGGGUUGUGGGAGACUGAUAGUUAUUAUCUUAACGAACCCAAAAUUACCGCCUAAACGACAAAAUCUCAAAGUCCCCAAAUUGUACAGCACAUCAUUAGCACUUCUUUUGGCCAUUGAAACGUUUUAGACCAAGAAUUUAGCUUUAGUAUAGCUAUUUAAAUUAUUUAUAUGAAUGUUUUUGGUAUUUUCUACCAAGUGAGGUUGUUGUUGUUAUUAUUGAUGAGGUUUUAUCCGUGUGGAUAGCGCAGGUGUGUGCAUUCAGGUAUGUAUCUUUGAGCAUGUGUGUGUGUGUGUGCGUGUGUGUGCGUGUGAUAUAUGGACUCAUAGGGCUGGUUUUCCUAAACACUGAUCAGCUUACAUCUACUCCUCAUGCUGCUGGCUCAUAGAGCAGCAGGGUUGUGUUCUGGGAAGUUUUUUUUUCCAGAGAGGAAAAGUUUGCAUCCCACAGACGCUGCUUCUAUGAAACUAGCAAUGAGAGAAGUGCAGGUUCAAAGUCGGGCUGUCCAAAAGCAUCUCUGACUGUGCGUAAGGUGUGGCGCUGUCAUCCUGUCAGUGAGUGGACUGUCUUAUCAGGCCUCAAGUUUAACAUUUCCGCAACCACCAUCUUGCUUUUGGUACUGAAAGCUGGAGAGGGGAGCUGGAGACAGAGGGAUGUGUUGGCAAACUCCUAGGUUUUCAGCUAAUGCUUGCAAUGGCUUUAUUAGCAAGCUGCAUCAAAAUCUAACAGAUCCCUGAUAUUAACAAGGAAGCUAGGUUUAGCCAAUGUUAAACAGAAUUGAAACAGAAUGUAGAGCAAAUGUUUCCUCCUUGGAGUAUCUUUCAGUUUGGCUAAAUGCUCAUCAAGACCACUCCUUCAGUGUCCCAUGUCAGCAGCUUGUUAAUCACAGGUUACAUUUAACACUAAAACUGUCGCGACACAAACCGAACUCAUGUUUUAUAAGCUGACAAAUCUCAACGCUUUGCUUGUUUGCUUCUGUAGUUAGAAAGUUUAUGGCUGCUGACUUUGGCAUUAAAGAUUGGUACAUCAAAAACAGCGUGUAAGUUCACUGGACUUACAUUUACUUCAUGUUUUUAACAAAUCAGAGUUUAACCAUUUUAUAGUUUAUGCAUGGCUGCUGUUUUAAAAACCCAACAUUUUUUGGGGGUACUUGUAACUCAUACACUGGCCUUUUCUACCCUUGAUGGGACCUUUACAUAAUGAGCACUGCUGUUCUAAAAGCCACUAUGAGGAUUUUGUAACUGAUUGUGAAGUAGUGUAAAAUUAAUCAUGAUGCUUCUUUAUAAUCUGCAAAAGCAAACUUAACCAUCAGCAUGAGGCUGUAAAUGUCUGUAGGGUUUUUAAUCCCUGUAACAGCUGUGAGGAGACUAGAUAAUUGACAGCCUGCAGGAGAAAUUCCCAGUGAGUGAUUCAUUAGACUCCUAAAGGUUUGUGAGAUGAGAAGGCAAGAAGAAAAUUCUUGCCAUCUCAUGCUCAGGAUGAAAUUAGCAUUUCAAUCUGAUGUAGGUCUUUGUCCACAGGGUGCGCCAAAUGAGACAAAACAAAUGUUUGUCACUGCAGCUUUUAGUAGACUGAAAAUCAGCUAUAAACUAAAAACUAAUAGUGGAAAUUUUGGUUGAAGUAGGGAUUUAAUUUUUUCAAAGAUCUUACAAAAAGACGCUGCAACAUUUUACUGAGUUUUUCAUUCUAGAUGAUGCAGGUUAAAGAACAUUGCUUCAUAUACACAGUCUAUUUAAGGAAAUUAGAAAUGCAUUUUGCGACUGCCCUCCAAGCUGACCAACAGAUGAGCUUCACCCGGUGUGAGUGUGUGGAAAAUGAAAACACAAAAGAACAGAGAUGCUUUUGGGGAGUGUGGUGCUUGUCUGUCUUCAAAUGAAAGGUAACACAAUGGGCUAUAAUGACCUUUUGAAUACUCUGUAGCUGUUCUGUCUGGCAUCUCUGGAUGUUUCUGAAGCCAUGAUCGUAACCAGAAAGGACAAAGCAAAGUGUUCACAGCAAGACUAAUAAUGUGGAUUUGAAAGUUCCAGACAUGUUCGUCUGUGUGUUGGAAACCAGGUGAUGAUAGUCUGCAAUCGUAAGUCCGAACUGAUACUGAGUGUGUUCUUUAUUAGUUAGCUAGGCUCUUAGCCUUAGUCUCAGGUGUUUGGAGCAGAGCAAAGUCUUAAUUUUUGAUGCAAACGUGUGUGUAAGUGUUAGAGACGCAUCUCAUGGGUCGCGUGUAGGUUGAUAAUAUUUUUAACAUGUUUAGAAAUUGUGUCGUGUGUUAAUAUUUGCCUUUCACUUUUUCCAGCCAAGGGUUUGAGGGAGAAUAGUUCACCAGAUGCCUGUAAUCUACCACCCCUUAAACUCUCCAGCUGUUAUGGUCAUGUGGAGAAGCUCCCAGCAGGUCCUGACUCUAAGCUAAAGUUCACCUGAUCUUCUGAUUUGAAGCUCAGACGCGUCUCCUCCUAUACUAAUCGAAUCAGUGCAGAGCAGAGUGAACUUUAGGCUCUUGAUGGGAUUUCACAACAGGGACUUUGAGUCAUGUUAUAUGCACUUCAGAUCAGUUCAGAAAGUUAAUGUUCAUGCCUUAAAUCAAUGACCUUUACUAUGUGCAAAGGAGGUACCUGGGGUAUCUUAUCUCGGCCCCAUGUGGAUCAAUUCUUUGAUUUUCUAAAACCAGCUCCGUCUUCACACGCUACGUCUUGACUCAUUGAUCUUCAUUCUAAAAAAGCAGCAAACACACAUUCACAUCAUGUACUCGGUGUAUGAAAGGAAAAACUGUCCUGUAAUUUCUUGUAUAUAUUGUUGUUUCUAGACAAGUCUGCGUGUUUUUUUUUUCUUAUUUUAAGUUAAGUAAGCUAACAUGUUUCUGCAUUCCUGAAGUUUUUGAUGUGUGCAUGGGUGCAUGUGUGUGGAGAAUAGUGUGUUUUGUUGAAUUCUAUAUUUAUUUAAAAGGGUCUUAAUGGAAAAACGGUACAAGUUUUUUCAUUGAUUUUCUGGCAGGAAGCGACUGAUCGUUCAUAGAUGUCAUUGAAUUGUGAAAACAAGCGUUUUGUUUGUAACUUAGCUUCUCAUUAGCAGCACCUUUAAGUUUCAUCACAUUAUAGAUAAAGUGUUCCUCUGUCUCACUUUCUGUGCAUGUGUAACCUUUGCAUUGGCCAAUGGUGCAGGAAGAAUUAGGAAACAAAUUCAGAAACAGUUGAACUGUUAUUCAACUCGGCUCUCAAUGCCGUGUUUCAUUGCAGACUUACUUAAACAUGAGUUUUUGUGACUACUACUUGAUGUUGCAGGCAACAUAGCUAAUGUAAGGUUGCACAUGUAUCAUAGUUUAAAUCCUGGGUGCCUCAAACUGUCAUGUAAAUGUGUAAAACAUAACUGCGUUCACCUUUCAAAUUCUCAGAUGCUCUCUUUUUUUCCAGUUCUGUGCAAACCUCCAAAACCAGCCUGACGUCGCAUCAGCGUCUGACACGUUUCAAACUGACAGCAGCUGAAAUGUUUGGCUUCCAUAUCACCCAUAUAACCCCUGUAAUGUUUUUUCCCUCUGUGUUUAUCUUGUGCUUUAGUCUGAUCAGCAUGGUUUGCAGAGUGUGAGCAGUUUAAGCUGUUGACCUUUGUGAACUGUGUUGUGUUUUGGUUACCUGCAGGACAAAGUCAGUGCCUUGCUGAGGUGAAAUAUGGAUUUUUCAUGAAUAAUCAAAUCAGGAUUUUGUUUGGUGUCAGGUCGUGGUGAAGAAUGCAAUGUUUUCAGGUUUUGUGUGGUUUUUAUGUAAAGAAAAAAAAAAAAAAAAAAAAAGGCUUAUGGUAACAUUUGAGCCAGGGUUGGAAUCAAAUCACCUUCAGUUAAACCCCUAAAAUAACUUUAUGAAAUGUCUGGUUUAGGGCUUUUUGAGCCGUACAACUAUAUCCAAUCUCUUAAAGUUGUUUAAUUUGAUAAAAAAAGUUUCUUAUAGUGUAUUGAAUUCUGUUGGGAGGAAAAAAGUGCAAUCUGGUUUCCUGGUUUAAACUAUCAAAGGGUGAAUUGACUCCAGCUCUGAGAGUCACUUUUCAAAGUGCUUUGAAGAAACGUAUCCAGCAACUUAACAAUCACUCACAGUUAUCCUGUUUUGUUUUACAAAACUUUAUUUUUGUUGAUACAUACUGGAAAAAAAAACAGGUUUGUACUUCCGAAUUAUUAAUGGGCCAAAAUAUGCCCUUUUGUAUCAAAUGUUCUUUGACAAAAAUAAAAAAAUACUAUUUUGAUUUGA